AUGCUUCGACUUAGACCUCAUUCUGCACCGAAGAAAUCGUUCUGUCGCAUGCUAAUCUUUGCCCUCUUGGCCGCGGUGACGAUUCAGGCCACAGAGAUUCACCGUCAGCUGGAUGACUGGGCAGCGACGUGGCAGGAUUCAGAGGAACCGGCACUGGUCAUCCGCAGGUUCCUCCAGAAUGUCACAUUUGAAACUGCCAGCAGCUAUGCCAGCUGGGCAGCGGAUUUGCCGAAUCUGGGGAAGAACUACGCAGUGGCAGCUGCCGUGCUGGAGUCUGUGGCGUUGCUUCCGGCAUGCUUGGUUGAGUUGAAGAUACAAGACGAACUUCAAACCAGAUGCCCACAGAAGAUGUACAAAAUCGCCAUUCAAAAGCUUUUCAGCACAGGUGAACGAGACGGCGCGUUGAGCGCAUGGAAACGCGCUCGUAGUGUCUUUCGUGGUUCCACCAGAGUUUUUCCAGAAGUUCUACCGGAGGAAGAGGCAGCCAUCCCAUGGCCUUCAGUGCUGGAGACGCCAACUGUAUGGGUGCGUGGCUUGUCAAGGCAACCCUUCUGGUCCUGUCACCAGGCCUGGCCGUUUGUGAAGCAUUUGGAAGCUCAAUUCGGGCGGAUCCUGACUGAAGCAGUGUCUGCAGCCCCACAACUUCAAAAGGCAUACCCUUAUUUAUUCGCCGCCGGUUCCUGGCAGAACCUUUUCCUUUACAGAGGCCACAACUGGAACGCUGAAGUGUGCUCCGUGAUGCCGCUCACAUGUCAGCUUCUUCUUCCAGAAAUACCAACCAAGCCGGGCCUUCCUUACGUCAUGCCAAACAAUGAGGAGAUCAUUCUUUUCCGUUCAGUGGGUGGAGCAUACGUUGGUCCUCACACCGGCGCAGUGAACAACCAGAUCAACAUCCACCUCACGCUCAAAGGAGGAAAGGGCGUUUACUUGGAGGUUGCCGGGGAACGUGUUGAACUGGAAGCCGGGAAAGCCGUUUGCUUCCAGGACAGCUACCUUCACAGCGUGGAGCACAGUGAUGAUGGAGCACAAGAGAGGCUUUCUUUGGUGGUUCGGGUCUUGCAUCCGGACUAUGACAUGGCCACUUUGAGAGGUCACUCUGCCACGGAGGCUGUGGGAGAUUUAGCAUCCUGGAGCGAAAGAGACGCAUUGCGAAAAGAACUGUCACGACUUCGAGAGCACUUUCGAAAAAGCCAAGACAGCGAAAAUCCCUGCAGAGGGCCACAACCAAGCGAAUCUGAAUUGGAGAAAGCACGAGAAAUCUUUCGUUUCCUCAGUACACCAAGCACGAGCACAGUCUCCGAUGCACCUGUUUCCGGAAUUGAUGCGAUUGUGGUUCUCUCCAACUGGUAUGAUCGGGCCUCCAAGAUUCGGAAAGUGCUCGAGCUAGCAGCCAAGCAUCGGAGCGCGCCCAUCCUUCUGGUGGGUGGGCGGGGACGACUGAGCUCAAUCCAAGCAGCCGAGUUGAAUGGAGAAGCACAUGCGACCUUAGCGCAGCUGUUGGUUUUGAUGGAAAUCCCUGGAGAGCUGGGCGAACAGGGCGCAGCUAUGAGUUCGACUCGACGAGUUACUGCGAUCAGUUGCAAUGAGUGUCCAACACCAGAGCUUCGCAUGAAGUGCGGCUGUGUGGGCAACACGGGAUUCAAUACCGACCGCUUCUUGGAUUGGGCAGCGAAGCAUUUGCCUCCAAGUCAUAGACCUCGGCAGGUUGUCAUUGUGGAAGAGUCAUACCUCGUGCGAAGAGUCAGCGCAACGGUUCUUGGACGUUUGUUUGGCUUUGGCUACAAAACCCUUCACAAUCAAACGUUCCUUGGAGAAAGAGAGCUAAACAGGAACACAUCAAAUAACAAGAAGCUAUUAGUAACAAGUGCAUCGCUACUAGUAACAGGUGCCUUACUAGUAGUAACAAGAAGCUAG